AAUGUGCAUGGAUCAGGGUGGUUUUGAUCCGCUCGUGGUUAACCCGGCUUUAUGCAUUAUCUGUAAAACUUGUACUAAAACAACGAUACUACUGCUGAUAACAGUACACAUUAAUACACAUCGAAUAUUUGAUUAUUCGUUCCAGAUUUGUGGACAAAAUAUGGUCGAUCGAUGUAUGGUUCAAACUUGUUCAGUGCCCAAUUGUGACAGUAAAUUAAUUAAAGACAAUGGGAUUAUUUUCUAUCGGAUCCCUCUGCACAAUUCAAAAUCGUUUGAGAGGUGGUCUAAAGCCCUAGAAAUCGAAAAUUGGACACCGACAGAAAAUUGUGUAGUGUGUAGCAAACAUUUUCAAAAAUAUAGUGACCAAACAUCACCAUCUGAAGUUUCAUUCACAGAUUUGUUAUGCGGUUCAGUGCUAAACGAUUCAAAACGUAAAAUAUGUUCAAUGAACAAUAAUAAGAGAAAAUCUAAUAACUUAGAUCAUACAAAUACUAAACGGUUGCAAAAGGGAAUCAAGAAAACAAUUCCUAUUACAUUAAAUAAAUAUGGAACAAGGAAUUUUGAACAAGGUUGCUUUGUUCAAACCUGCCAAGCACCAAAAGAUCUACCACUUUAUAGAUUUCCCUAUAAUAAUAAACAUUUAUUACACAUAUGGUCUAAAAGAAUUGGAUUAAGUACAUUAUAUGAUUUGGAAUUGUAUUUAGAUAUUACCAUUUGUAAAAAUCAUUUUCAUGAAGAUUGUUAUGAUAAAAACUCAUUGCAGUUAAAACCUAACGCUAUUCCAUCAAUAAAUUUAAUUGAUUAUUUAGGACCUCCUGAAAAUUGUUUCUCGACAACUACAAAUUCUGAAGAAAUUUCAAUGAUGACUUCUAAUGGUGAUCAUACGUGGGGGUGGUUAGGUAGUACUGAACAAUUUGGGAGAAUUUCAGAAUUAAAUGAGUUUAUAGAAAUACCUAAAUCUCAACUGCAAGAUGAAAAAUAUGCAUGCUUUGCUCAAGCUGCUCAUUGUUUCAUUUAUGCAGAAAACAGUAAAAAAGUAUUCAACAUUUACCAUCCUCGAGCAACAAUUCUUAUGCAAUUGAGAUAUGAUGGUUAUUUUGGAUUUCCUGGUGGAUUGAUUGAUGCCAAUGAAGAUAUAGUAAAUGCAGUCAACCGAGAAAUGGCUGAAGAAAUAAAUUUAAAUACUGAUCUUCAUUCAGUUACCAAUGAUGAUCAUGUUAUAUCUCAUUGGAGUGAGAAAAAAAAAUUAGUUUUACACUUUUAUAAAUUAAAAGUAACUAUGGCUGAACUAAUUGAAAUUGAAAAACGUGCUUUACUUGCACAAGAUUAUGGGAGUGAAGUGCUUGGAACUGUCCGGAUUCCCUUGUACACAUUGGGUGAUCAUUAUCGUGGAUUUCCAGUGUUCUUGAAGCAUAACUUCAUUGGUUGUUCACGGGAACAGCUUAUUGCUGCACUUUCUAUAUUAAAUAUUAUGAAACCUGAAGAAAUUAAAUUAGCUUUAAGUGCAAAUAGUAUAAAUAUAUAAUUGCUGAACCUCUUAUAAUGAGUCGUUUAAAUUUUUUCUACUUUUACUUAAAAAUA